CUAUUUAAAUCGAACAACAGAUGAAUGUUGGUAUUCUGAUCUGAGACACCAACUUGCUGUAAGCUCCUGACACCGUGCCAUUCUAAGAUGAAGUUUCAGGUUCUUGCUUGUCUUGUAACUAUGGUGGGACUGACCACAGCCUUCCCCACGGGAAAUAACGGGUGGAAUAUGAACAACAACAAUAACACUCCGGAUAACGUGGAUCCUCAGGAGAUCAUCGAGGCCUUCGAGUUGACCAGAAGGUUCCUGCCGGCUAUCAAGUCAGCCCUAGAAAACGCAGACUCCUCGGCAGUGGACAGAGUACAUCAGUUCAACCUAGCGAUACUCCCCACGGUCCGCCAGAUAUUGCAAGAGAGGGACACAACUUUAGGAAACAUCGAUGUUGAACACCAGCUCCAGCAGGUGGACAAUGUGGAAGCCGUCUUGAUGAAGACUCAAAACAUCAUGAGGGAACUAGCCGAGCUAUUCCCUACACCUGCCAAUAUACCAGAGGUCAGGAUUCCUGCCACCCAGUAUGUUCCAGAAAUUGUCAUCCCCGAAAUUAAGUUUCAGUAAAUGGUGGCAAACGGCUUUGUUUCCUCCGUCGGCAUGACUAUCUUGAGCCCUGAAGUUCAGGUUCAGUGAGUGUUAUCAUUAAUUCACCAAGCAGGACAUUACUUCCAGGCUGAUACGCUCCUGUCUAUAGUUUUGUUAGCCCAA